UAGAAACCCUCUUAAAGAGCUGUCCCACAGCUGCCGUGGGGUCUGGGUCUCCUGGACUGGAGUUUUCCAAGGGACAGGGAGAGGGGACAGGCCUUGCCUGGCGUGAUGGAGAAGUCUCUGCUGGGCUGAAUGGUGAUGUCCAUGUGUCAUCUCCUGCAUGUGACACGUGCAGAAGGUCCAGCCAGGGAGAAGGAACCUGAAGUGCAGUCCCAGAGCCACCUCUGCCUCCUUCUUAGGGCCCUCUGGACUGAUCCCCUGAUAGAGACAGAUGAGAGUUACCUGGUGAUUCUGUGGACUUGGCAGGAGUUCCAUGUUUGUUCUGCAGCCUUUUAUCAUAUCAGGGAUUAAACAUUUACCACCCAGCACAUUAAAUAAGGAUCCACAGCUGGGCUGUGGCACAGAUUGCUUGAAAGUGCCGAGUGGGCAGAGGUGCUUUGGUCCUGCUGGGGUUUCCUUCCUUGGAGGCCCUCACCUGAUCCCUGCAGGAAUGGCCCCGGGGCUCAGAGCAUCUCCUCGAGCUGUGGUUCUGCUCCUGUCCCUGCUGGGUCUGGCUGCUGCUGGGAAGCUCCUGGUGGUGCCAGUGGAUGGGAGCCCCUGGCUCAGCAUGCGGGAAGUGCUGGAAAUGCUCCAGCAGAAGGGACACGAGGUGGUGGUGGUGGCACCUGAAGUCACUAUGCACAUCAAACCAUCGGAGAACUUUGUGAUGAAAAUGUACUCGGUCCCCUACACACAGGAAGAGAUGGAGAAAGAUUUCAAGGUGUUUUUACAGACUUCAUUUGAAGAAGGAUCUUUUCUGGAACGAUUUCUUAAAGUGUAUGAAAGUAUGAAAAGGGUCAGUAAUAUGGCAGCUGCCAGCUGUCAACAUCUCCUGCAAAACAAGGAGCUCAUGAGGUACCUUGAGGAGAGCAAGUUUGAUGCCCUCCUUACAGACCCUGUAAUACCUUGUGGGUUGAUCCUGGCAGAGCAUCUUUCACUUCCCUCCGUGUAUUUCCUCCGAGGAGUCCCGUGUGGUUUGGAUUUUGAAGCCACUCAGUGUCCCAAUCCGCCGUCCUAUGUGCCCAGGGCAUUUUCACAACUUACAGACCGCAUGAGCUUUCUCCAGCGGGUGAAGAAUCUGCUCUUUGACACCCAAAACCUUUUUCUCUGUGAUUUUGCCAUUGAACCAUUCUCGAAAUUGGCUUCGGAGUUCCUCAAGAGAGAUGUGACUGUGCUGGAUCUCUUACGGAAGGGCUCUGUUUGGCUCCUGAGGUUGGAAUUUGUGUUAGACUAUCCUAGACCCUUGAUGCCCAACAUCAUUCCAGUUGGAGGAGUAAACUGUGCUCACAAGGAGCUGCCUCAGGAAUUUGAAGCCAUGGUGAACGCCUCUGGAGAACACGGCGUCGUCGUCUUCUCGCUGGGCUCCAUGGUCUCCGAGAUUCCCAUGAAGAAAGCCAUGGAAAUCGCCGAGGCCUUGGGAACAGUCCCUCAGACGGUCCUGUGGCGGUACACGGGCAAGGCUCCCCCCAACCUGCCCAAGAACGUGAAGCUCGUCAAGUGGCUGCCUCAGAACGACCUCCUGGCCCACCCCAAGACCCGUGCCUUUAUCACCCACGGAGGCUCCCACGGGGUCUAUGAGGGCAUUUGCAACGCGGUGCCCAUGGUGCUGAUGCCUCUGUUCGGGGACCAGAUGGACAACGCCAAGCGAGUGGAGUCCCGCGGCGCAGGGCUGACCCUCAACAUCCUGGAGAUGACUUCCAACGACAUUUCCACCGCCCUGAAAGCUGUGAUCAACGAUAAAAAGUACAAAGAGAACAUCCAGCGCCUCUCCGACCUGCACCUGGACAGGCCCAUCCACCCCCUGGACCUGGCUGUGCACUGGGUGGAGUUUGUGAUGAGGCACAAGGGGGCCCCUCACCUGCGCCCCGCUGCCCACGACCUCAACUGGGUGCAGUACCACUCGCUGGACGUCAUCGCCUUCCUGGCGGCCGUGGUGCUCCUCGCCCUCUUCAUCUCCUUCAAGUGCUGCCUCUGCUGCUGCCGCAGGUGCUUCUGCAAGAAGGGCAGGACGAGGAAGGCGGCCAAAGCCAAGUCCCACUAACACCUGGAAGCAGCAGUAGGUGCCAAAGCUCCUGCUCCAGAGCAGCAGCGGGGUCAGAGAACAGCUCAAAUUUCACUGCGAUAAAUGAAACACUGCGAUUGUCAGGCGAGGAACGAUAGGGAUCCUUUGAAACAGCACCAUGAGAAGGGUUGUUCCACUGAUCUAAUUUUGGCCUUUUAAUUAAGAAUGGGUUGUUAAAAAUGCCUUGGCUAGGAGUGCUGCAGUCACUGGGGAAGGUCUGAGUGUGAAAUCCAAGGCUCCUGGCUUCCACCUCUCAGUGUGCAGAGGACUCUCAGUGACUUUUCCUUUUGACCUUGACAUGCAGCAGAGAUACAGAAGGAUUCUGGAUGACUUUAGGAGAACCAUCUGGUGAGAUUUCUGUUUGAAAUCUCUGUGUGGCUGCUGUUGUAGGAGAGGCAAACAUUGCACACUCACAGUUGCUGUCAGGCAAACCAAGCUCGAUGCACUUCUUCGUGUGCGUUUACAAGACCCUGAACAAAACCAAGGUUUCUGGCAGGGAAGCUGCCAGGGAAGCACUGAUGUUUCCCCCAAAUUCCCCAUCAGGCAGAUGUGCCGUACCUGGAGCUCACCUGCUGGUGAGGAGACCUUUGCAGGCAUUGCUUAUAAACCCCAACUAAUUUGCUCUUUGGAAGUGAUUCUCAGGGAAAGGCCCCAAACCCCAGCCCUACAAAUAAACCCCAAACGCUGAAA